AUGAGUCUUAAUUCAUAAAAAAAUUCAUUGUCUUAAACCCCGAAAGGGACAACUAUUUAAUAGCGAUAAAUAUUUAAUUCAUCAAAAAUAGAAAAAAAAUAAAGCUUUGGGACUUUGGUCAACGAGAGAAAAGGUUUUUCGAAUGAGAAAGCCUAGACACCUCUUUGGUAGUCUCAAUAAAAAUAUAAUUUCGCUUCUAAAGAGGGUUUUUUAUCUGAAUUUUAUCAAACCCAUUCUGAAUUAAAAUAAGGUAGAGUUUAGGCUCUGCUUUAAAAAAUGGCUACUCCUAGGGUUUCUUAUCAGACUUACAAAGUAUAAUUAGAAAAAGCAAACACACUUGGGCAUUUACAAAAUUCAUUAGAUGAAUUCUAAAUAAUUAAUAGUUAGACUUCAUAUGAAAAGUAUGUUUAAAAAAAAUUAUAAUCCAAAUAGGGAAAGCAAGAAUAUUUUAACAUCUUCGGCAGCUAAAAUCCAGCUGCAAAGCAUAAGCAAUCAUUGCCACUUUAAAAAAAUAAAAAAACCCAUGCCCUAUCUUUGUCCAUGAGAUGUUCAACAAGCUUUUCUCCUAAUAAAAUAUAUCUUUAGUAAUUGUAGUAAAGGAGUAUUAUGGCAUAAAUGGGUUAUAACGAUUUUAAUUAAAUUGAAUAAGUUGAAUAGCAGUUAAGAGUUUCCUCUUUUGGAAAUAAUAAUAAUAAUAACAAUAACACACCAAAAGGAAUGAGUCUUGCUCAAUCUACAGAAUAAUAAGCAUAAAAUAAAAAUAAAUUUAUCAAUAUAGGCUCUUUAUAAAACAGCUCUAAGUUUUCAAAGGGAAGUAGUUAAAUGUCUAAUUUCAACGGCUACAAAAGCACAUCACCUCAUUUAAUAGGCUUGAGUGGAUAAUUUAAUUAAGCAGGUCAGAAUCCAGAUUUGUAAAAUAAAACUACAUAUAAUUCGCUCUAUUAAUCUAGAUAAAGCUUGCAAGUUAAAAGGUCUCCAAGAAAAAAAAUAUCCUUAAUUGAGCUAGCAUAAAAUUAAUCCAGCUUUGAAGAUUUCAACAAACUAGCUUAUGAUGAUUAGAAUGAAAUUAAAUUAAACGACUUUUAAGAAGGUGAUAUAACCUCCAAAUAAUAACAAGAUAAUUUUAAAAGAACAACAGCAAGGCACUCUACUUUAAAUUAUAUCUCAAACGAAAUUGACCAAGAAGCUUCGCCUCGUUUGGUUAACCAUGGACAGAUAUACUAAGAAAGAGAUAUAUAUUAAAUUCCUCAUAGAUUAUCAAGAACAUUGCAAAAUAUUCCUUAUCCUUAGAUUAAGAUCAACACAGAAGAAAACAUUAACAACACUUCCAGGAAAGAUUAAUCUAGCUUUUAGUAGAACGGAGAAGAAUUAAGAAUUAGCCAGGUAGUUUAUGUUGAUAAAAAUAGAAAUAGUCCAUCAAAUUCAGAUAUGUUUGAUAUCUAGACUUUAAGGCAAUCUAAUUCAACUCAAUCAAAUAAUAAUAAUAUCACUAAUAAAAUGUAACUUUAUAGAAAUGAUAGCAAUAAGUACGUGCUUUAAAGCGACUCACUUAAUCCUGAUGAUGUAAAGAGACCAAAAACUUCUCAAGAAAAUCAAGAAUUUGUGAAUCCAUAAAUUGCUAGUAUAUAAAAUUAAUUUUAAUAAUUACAAAAUUCAGGUAGUAGUGAUAGAUGGAAGCUAAAUAAUUUCAUAACAAAAAAUUAACUAAAAGUUUAGAAAUCUAAUUACUUAGAAAAGCUAUCUAUGCCUAAGCUAACAUUAAACUCUUCUAAGAAUAUUAAGACUCCUUAACAUUCGUAGCAGCUUUUAAGUUCUCCAAGAAAAGUGUUAGGAAGUACUGCUUGCAAUGCUGAAGAAUUGCAAUAAAGUGGAAAUUUAUAAAUUAGCUAGUUCAAUGCAUCAAAUGGAUUUUAGUCAAGCAGUUCUCACCAUAGCUAAUAGAAAUAUAUUUUAAACACUCCUAAUUCUUUAGAGAAGUAAUCAUCGCAGAUGUCUAAUUCAUAAUUAGCUCAAGGUGGUUUAGAGAAAUAACAUUCUAAUAGGAAGUUGGCUAAUUUUAGCUUGAAACUGGGAGAACAUCUCAUAAAUUCUUAGUUGAGUGCUAGCAACAAUAGUUAGAUUUCUCCUAAAAAAUCAAUCAUAAAGACAGUUUCUACUAAUAAAAUAGGAGGUCUUUCAAUUUCUAAUCUUCCUAUGGGUAGAGGUUCAAUAAGCUAACAGUAAUUAACUGUACCAGAUAAAAAAAAGUAUAUUCAAAACAGCAAUAGGGAAGAAGGAAACUCUAACAUUAUCGAUGAGAGAAGAGGGUCUAAGAGAUUAUCUGAGAUAUUUAAAGUAACUCCUAAGAACAAUAAUAGCAUGACAUCGAUUUUCUCAGCUUCUAGAACGAGCUUUAACAAAUUACCUGAUGAAGAGAAUAAAGAUGAUUAAAAUAUUAAAAGCUUUUAAGAUUAGGAUUAAGCUGAAUAAAAUAAAAAGACACUUCAUUCUAUGCUGGAAGGUGAUGACACAAAGCCAGGAGUCUUGGUUGAAUUCAUGAGAAAUCACUUAAGAGAUAUGCUUAAGUUAGACAUGGAAUUGAGAAUACUUGUUAGUCUCACCUGA